AUGGGCUGCGGGGCGAGCACCGCCAAGGGUGUGGAACAUCCGAAUAUCAAUCCAACUGUGCAUCGCCUAAUGCCAUUGUCCCGCGGCGCUCGCGUCGUUCCUGUCGCUGCCUUCGAUGCAAUUGGACCUGCAACAGGAGGUCACAGUCUGGCCGAUAUGCGUGAUGCCAGUCAGCGAAGGAGGCUGCACAAAAAGGACUCCUCUGGCUCGGCAGCGAAAAGCGCACUUGAUCUUCGCGGUGGGACAAGCACGGCUUCACUGCCCGGAGCAGCUAGCGGGGUGGAUGACCACGACGGCCAACAAGAAUGGUCUUCGUGGGACUCAGCCCACUGGAAGGAGGAGCACUCCAAGUUCCCAAUGCCCCCGGAUCGCCGAAUGCACGAGCGCCAUGUCAGGACUCUGAAUCA